AUGGGUGGAGCCGGGAAGAAAGAGGAGGGAAGAGUCAGGCCAGGGUCUGGGUUCGCCCUUACGCGUCUGCUCCCGGCUCUUUCUCCCGAGAGCUACGGCCUACCGGGUGACCCCUCAAACAGCCCUCCGCCGCUCUCUUUCCCGCGUGCCGAGGGAAGGCGGGGCCGGUGGCCGGAAGGGGCGUGGCCAGAUGGUCCUAGCCACAGCCAAUCCCAGCGGGGACCUCGGUUGGGAGCGGCCGAGAGAAAGAAGGGCGUGACUGGACAGCACCGCCGGCCGGCUGGACCAAACCCGACGCGGGAGGAGAAGCAGACUCCCCAGCUGGGCACAGAAGCGCUCCGCUCUGCGUCUCUCGCUUGCUCCGCGCGCCGGGUGGAGUGCGCCCGGGAGGCAUCGGGAGCACACCAAGCCGGGCCCGAGGCCCCAAUGGAGCCCUUGGACAGCCAGGUCCCGGGGCUGGAGCAGCCGCAGGUCCCCGCGGAGGAGCGAGGGCCUGGGAGUCCCGCGAGCAGCCCGAGUCCGGCCCGGGCCGUGAAGGAGGCGGCGGGCGCGGACCAGGACGUCUCGGGCGGGACGAAGCUGCCGCCGCCUCGCCCCGCGCUGCUGCGGGUGCCGCCGCCCAGCCUGGGCUACGGCGCCUUCCGCCGCCAGACGUCCGCCGGCCCGGAGCCGCCGUCGCCGGGCCCCGCCGCGGCCGAGCAGCCCCGGGACGGCGAGACGCCGGGGGCCGAGCUGGGGCCCGGGGCCGCGCCGGGGGAGCCGACGCCCGGCACCUGGGCUCCCAUGGAACUGCAGGUGGACGUGCGCGUGAAGCCCGUGGGCGCGGCCGGCGGCAGCCGCGAGCCCUCGCCCGCGCCCCCCACGCGCUUCCUCACCGUGCCGGUGCCCGAGUCCCCAGGCUUCUCCCGCCACGCCUCCCCCGCCUACCCGCUCCUGCCGCGGGCCCCGUCGCCGGGCGGCACCUGGGGCCGGGCCAGCCCCGCCGAGGGGCGCGCGGAGUCCCCGGGCUCCCCCACGUGCCGCUGCCGGGAGCUGGGGCUGGAGAAGAGGGAGGACGCGGUGCUGCUGCCGCGCGCCGAGGUGGACGGCGACAAGAAGCUGCCCCGGGCGCUAACACUCAUCGGGCUGCCCAUGUACAUGAAGUCCCUGCGCUGGGCGCUGGCAGUCAUGGCUGUGCUCCUGGCGGUGUCCGCAGUCGCCAUUGUGGCCCUGGCUUCUAGAGCAGGGGCCAGGUGCCGGCCCUGCCCCCAGGGCUGGAUGUGGUCCGAGGAGCACUGCUACUACCUCUCUGCCGAAGCUCAGGCCUGGGAGGCCAGCCAGGCUUUCUGCUCAGCUCACCAUGCUACACUGCCCCUGCUGAGCCACACCGAGGAUUUCCUGGGCAGAUACCCAAUCACCACGUACUCCUGGGUGGGGGCCCGGCGAGGCCCCCAGGGCUGGCACUGGAUCGAUGGGGCCCCCCUGCCGCCCCAGCUACUCCCGGAGAAGGACAAGGACAAGCCGGAUCUCAAGUGCGGGGGCCUGGAGGGAGGCAAGCUCGUGGCUUUGGACUGCGCCUCUCCAAGACCCUGGGUCUGCGCCAAGGGGACCAAGUGAUUCGGGUUCUGCCUGUCCUGAGCCUGUUGGGGGCAUGCAGCCCCCCCAGGGGAGGCCAAGUUGAGAGCUGA